ACUCAUCUAGUAUAGUUCUCGCUUCAUUCCCUUUCACUUUAAUAAGCUCAUAUCGCUAGAAAUAAUCAAUUACUUGAUUAUUUACGUAAAUACUUAAAAGGUCGUCUUAAAUUCCCGCGCGUUUUAUUUUUCAAUUUUUGACACCGUGACGCUAAUGUCGAAGUUUUGGAUAACCUAAAAAUAUUCUCUCGAAACCGUAAACAAAAAUUUUGUGAUCAAAAUUAAAUUUUAUAAUUAAAAGUUUUCAUUGUUAUUGAUUAAUCAAUGAAAUAAUUAGAGUUUUAAAAAUGUCACAAGCAAAUACAUCACGAAUGUCUUCACGUAGAUCAGUCGCCCCAACAUCUACAAUUGAAGACUUAAACCAUUUAACGGCGAAAGUUGUCAAAUAUAUAUUAGAAAGAGGCCGCACAAAAUAUGCAAUUCGAGCUAACAAUAUUAAAAGAUAUGUACUAAAAAAUCGACAAUCAGAUUUUCGAUCUGUUAUGACAAGUGUUGCAGAUAAACUUGACAGAAUUUUUGGGUACGAAUUAGUACACAUCCAAGGAGCGCAAUAUUUUAUCGUUAAUAAGUUUCUUAAUGAGGAGAUUACACAGACAAAUAAUCAAGAAUCUGCCGAACAAACUCUUUUAUUCCUUACACUAAGUUUUAUUUUUAUGUGUUCUGAAGCUCAAGAUAAUGCUAUUGUUAAAGAAGAUGAUCUUUGGCGGUUCUUUUACAGUCUGAAUAUCCUGAAUGAAAACCAGAUUCAUCCUUACUUUGGAAAUGUCAAAGAGCUAAUCGCAACGGAAUUCGUUAAACAAUUGUAUUUGAGUGUAUUGAAAUCAAGAGAAACGGAUGUAAUAUGCUAUCAAUGGGGUCCUCGAGCAGAAAAAGAAAUCAAACGGCGCUCUAUUUUAGAGUUUGCAUCAAAGGUUUAUCAAAACCGACCAAUUGAAACUUGGAAGACACAGUACAAAGCGAUGAAAAUGUCUGAGCACAACAUUUGACAAGAAGCUGAUUAAUCAAUUUAAUAUUUUUAUAGUAAUAAAUAGCAAAAGUUAGUUAAAGGCAUAUUAGAUAAUAUUUUUAUACUUCUAAACUAAGUAUUAUUGUUAUCAUACAGUCAUUCUAUUUACACGAUGUCCCUAUUGAUACUAUCGAUAAAUUAAAUUCUGUUUUUGGCUAAAUGAGGAGAGAAGCACCAAAGCUAUCUAUUGUAUUCUUUGUAAUUUUUAAUUAAUAUAAAAUUUUUAAUUUUAAUAAAAAA